AUAUUGUAAGAAAUUGUAGCAGGCAAAGGUACCUAUCAACCUCUCUCUCUCUCUCUAUAUAUAUAUAUAUACACAUAUACAUACCUUUCUUCUCUAUAUAUAUAUUAUUUCAGCUCUCAAACAUAGGGUUUAAAGCUUCUUUUAGACCACCCAUAUUAAUAUUUCAUCUCCUAUAUAUCAGUAUGCCUAGCUAACCGGAUUUUGCCUUUAGAAUCUCAAACUCAUAGUUUAUUUCUUUGCCACCAACCCUUAAUUUUAUUUAAUUCCUUCCCAAAAAAACCAACUAGAAUGGGUCUUAGAGACAUUGGAGCCACACUGCCUCCAGGGUUUAGGUUUUACCCUAGUGAUGAGGAAUUGGUCUGCCAUUAUCUCCACAAAAAGAUCGCAAACGAAGAAGUUCUCAAGGGUACUCUGAUGGAAAUUGAUUUGCAUACAUGUGAGCCAUGGCAGCUUCCUGAGAUGGCGAAGCUCAAUUCAAAUGAGUGGUACUUCUUCAGUUUCCGUGACCGGAAGUAUGCGACCGGUUACCGGACAAAUCGUGCUACGACGACCGGAUACUGGAAAGCCACCGGAAAGGAUCGUACGGUGCAUGAUCCGAGGACUCGUGCCGUUGUGGGGAUGAGGAAGACACUGGUUUUCUACAGGAACAGAGCUCCAAAUGGGAUCAAAACUGGCUGGAUCAUGCAUGAGUUUCGCCUUGAGAAUCCCCAUAUGCCUCCUAAGGAAGACUGGGUGUUAUGCAGAGUAUUUCACAAAGGCAAAGGAGAGAACAGCAACAUACUUAGCCCACAAAAUAUGUCUGAAACCACAGCAGGUGUCACUUCUCCAAAUUUGGCUGCAUCUCCUCCCACUGACCAAACCUUACAUUAUGGGUGUUAUCACCAAAUCCCACCAUUCUCCCCCAGUCCACAUUAUCAAAACCACAACCCUAGCACUCUCCCAAAUUUAGUCUCCUUAAACCCUAACUUUCUGCAUCCAUCAGAGCUGACGAACAAUGCUCCAGUUGAUGGACUAAACCCUAAAUGCAACGAUGAUCAGUACAGGUUUUUAUUCGAUAUGAGUUUCGAAGAAAGCAGCAUGGGAGAUGGAGUGAUGAAAUUUGAUGAUGAUAACGGUUUAGUUUUCCUAUAAAUUGUGUUUGAAUGUUAGGGAGCUAUAGUCUAUUGUUCAUUUGUGAUUAUAUAUGUUAAUUGGGGUAUUUGGUUUUAGGUAUAAUUCAAUGUUUUAUUGAUGUUUAUAAGAUUUGUUACAUAUAAUUAUAUAGAUGGGAGAUGUAUACAGUACUGUUGGUAACUUUGUAAUUCUAUACAAUAUUGGCUUUGUUUAAUUAAUUUCAUUCCAAGGA